CUCUACCUCAUCGCAUUGCGGAGAACCCCAGUAACCAUUGAUACCCCUCAAUCCCUCUGAUAAUGUGAGUCCCAUACACUCUUCUCCUUCUCGCCUGAGAUUCGCAGAGGCUAUAGGGAUCAGAAUGCGUACUCAGCUCUUUUCACGAUUGUCCGCGAGACAAUUGCACAUCUACAAAGGCCUCAACUUGCCGAGGCACUUCCCAGCCCGGUCGUUUCACGCAUCUACAAGAUAUCAAGUGGUAAAGCCGUUUCUACUGGCCGACAUCGGUGAAGGAAUUCGGGAAUGCGAGAUCAUCCAAUGGUUCGUGGAGCCUGAAGCUCGUGUCGAGGAAUGGGACAAGUUAUGUGAGGUCCAGAGCGAUAAGGCGUCGGUAGAGAUCACCAGCCGAUUCGCGGGAGUCAUAAAAAAACUGCACUAUGAAGCAGGGGAGAUGGCCAAAGUUGGGCAGCCCUUGCUGGACAUCGAUAUACAGGGCGAGAUCAAGCAGGAGGAUCUGGAUGCUUUGACGGCGGCAAGUGCUGGCGAGGAGUCCCAGGCACGGGCACAAGAUACAACACAGGCAGAAGAUACAACAGAGCCACCAGCUGUAGCAAGCAAGCCAAGCCAAGAGACGCCAGAACCGGAGAAGCCACCCCAACCUAGAGGGAAGCAUGCCACGCUCGCGACGCCAGCAGUCAGGCACCUCACCAAGGAGUUGAAUGUCAACAUAGCGGAUGUCCAGGGCACAGGGAGGGAUGGCCGCGUUCUGAAGGAGGACGUGUAUCAAUUUGCAAAGCGUCGAGAUACCGUCCCUACAGCCGCGGAACCAGUUUCUCCAGCCGCCGCCGCCGCAGCAGCAGCAGCAGACAGUGGCCCACAGAAGGAGACCAUCACUCAACUGACCAACACGCAAGCCCAGAUGUUCAAGACGAUGACCAGAUCCCUGAGCAUCCCACACUUCGUCUACGCAGACGAGAUCGAUUUCACCAAGCUCUCGGACCUGCGGCAGCGGCUGAACCAGGGACUCGCCCAGGCGCCCCUCGACAACCUCAGCAAACUAUCCUACCUCCCCUUCAUCAUCAAAGCCGUCUCCAUGGCGCUGCACCGCUACCCCUCCCUAAACGCACGCGUCGACGUCGACCGCAGCACCUCCAAACCCGUCCUCGUCCUACGCUCCCAACACAAUAUCGGCAUCGCCAUGGACACGCCCUCAGGCCUCAUCGUGCCCGUCAUCAAAAACGUCUCCCAGCUCUCCAUCCACUCCAUCGCGCUCGAGCUCUCGCGUCUCCAAUCCCUCGCCGCCACCGGCCGCUUCCCCGCCGCCGACCUCACCGGUGGCACCAUCACCAUCUCCAACAUCGGGAAUAUCGGCGGCACGUACGUGUCCCCCGUGCUGGUCGACUCAGAGGUCGCGAUCCUCGGCAUCGGCAAGGUGCGGCCUGUUCCGGCGUUCGAUGAGGACGGCCAGGUGGUCCGGAAACAGAUCAGUACGUUUAGCUGGAGUGCGGAUCAUCGCGUCAUUGAUGGUGCUACGAUGGCGCGCGCGGCCGAGCUGGUGCGUGGCUUUGUCGAGAACCCGGAUACCAUGCUGCUGCAUCUGAGCUGAUGCGGCUCGGCGAGCGUCCGAUUUACGAGCGCAUGCAUGGCUGGCUGGGUAUAUAGUGCAUGUACCUACCUUACCUUAUGUUGUGGGUGGGUAGUAGGUAAGGUAGGGGCCUUCACUUUACUUCACUUCACUUCAGUUCAGCCUUAACGUGAUGCUGAUGGUGACGGUUGAGUUCGAUGCUCGUCACGUUACACGGGGUUGCUAGGUAGAUACCCCGCGAAAUGAAAAAGGAGGCCACCCCUAUUCCCGGGAUAUACAAUACAGGAGGAGAUGUAUCUACUUUAUCUAUAAACCGAGAAUUGAAUAAUAAAUAAAGAAAUAAAAUUG